AUGAGUAAUCUCAAGUCUCGUCUACAGGAUCUCGGUCCUUCAAUCACAAGGAUUCUUGAGAUAGCAGGAGCAGCGGGCGCCUCCAUUGGCGUAAUACACAAUAAUGAGACGCUGCACUUUGCGAACUUCGGCUACCGAGACGUCACGUCGAAGGUCUCUCCCGAUGAGCAUACGAUCUACCACGUCGCAUCGCUCAGCAAGAGCUUCACUGCCGCAGCAGUAGGCAUACUCGUAGACGAAAAGAAGUUGGCUUUCGAACAGCCAGUCUCGUCCGUCCUUGGAUCUUUGAAGCACCCCGAUCCAUCGAUACAGGACCAUGCGACCAUACUCGACUUCCUGUCUCAUCGAACAGGACUCGCUACAAAGCAGUCUUUGUGGGCACAGGACGGACAGGAACUACUCCUCAAGAAGAACGAUAGCCUUAGUAUCGUCUCGUACCUAGAGGUUGUUCAACCUCUAGGAACAUGGUAUAACUACAAUAAUUGGGGAUAUGAUGUAGCUGCUGCGAUUGUAGAACAGGCAUCAGGACAAAGCUGGGGGUCAUUUGUAUCCGAAAGAGUGCUCGAUCCACUCCAACUACGUCGAACAUUUGUCGAAGCAAACCCACCCGAGGACAACUAUGCCAUGGGAUAUAUGCCAGGACCAGAUGGAUCGCUAACACCUGUUGGAAGACCUACAAUCGCUAACGGAACCGUUCAACAAGGAGCAAAUGGAAUUAAGACGACAGCCUCAGAUCUUCUCCAAUACUACAAAACGAUCCUCCAUACCUGGAAGACAGAGGUUUCCACAGGCUCUUCAGACAUAUCGUCGCCUCUCAAGAACGUGAGGGAGUUGUUGACAGAGCACAUAUCAAUGGAUCCUAAGUCCGAGUUCAAGCAGUCGUAUGGGGCCGGUUGGGCAAUCGUCGAUCUGCCCUCACCAGUUGGCGCAAUCGGCACCAACGGCAUGUUUGUCGCUAACAUGCCGGUGCUUGGAAAAGGUACGGAAAAAAAGAAACUAUGGUAUCACAACGGAAGCUUGGUAGGGUUCUUCAGUUCCGUCCAUGUAAUUCCGGAUACGGAUACCAUCGUGGUUGUCUUGGUAAACUCAAUACCAAAGAACGACGCUCCUGAUUGGAUUGGCCAGCUUCUUAUCGAAGAGAUUCUGGGCAAUCCCGACAAGAACGAUUACAUCGCGUAUGCAGAAGAAAGCGCGAAUUCUUACGUGCGCAUGUGGCAAGAGCUGGAGGAGGAAUUCAACAAGACCAGGGAGCAAUCCAAACACAAAAGACACCUGGAUGAGUACGUUGGCAGAUAUUACAAUGUGCCUCGAAACUGGUACAUCGAAGUGACGUUGGAAGACGGCAACCUGUUCUUUAGCUUUCAAGGACUUGCUAGUCAGAAACACCAACUCCAUCACCACGGAGCGGAUUGCUUCAACUGGCCUCUUACCGAAAAGAGGUCGCGAACCCUUGGCCGCUGGCCAGAUCUCGAUGCCAGUACCUAUGAAUUCCGUUUCGAUACGAACGACGACGAUAAUAUCAUCGCGCUGAGAUGGGUGCACGAUCCUGAUAUUCCUGACGGCGAACAGUUCCCAAAAGUUACGGAUGCCAAGGUUCCUAACGAAGCCACGUAUGCGCAGGUGCCUGUUUCGUAG